GGAAGUUACCAAUAAAAGAUAAGCUCUUUCAAAAGAGUAACUUAAAUUUUUGUCUCUGUCAUUUGAGUCAUUGCUUUGCCCAUACCAGUAUUGAAUGAUUAUUAAGUUAUUGAUUGGCAUCACUUAAUCCUUCGAAAUUAUUUGCAAGUCAAGUCUAGAGUAAGGAAGACUCACCUACUUGAGCUCAUAACUGAGCUGAGAUGCCUACUAGCUAUGUGACCUUAGGCAAAUCACUUAACCCUGUUUUGACUCAGUUUCUACAUCUAUAAAAUGAGCUGGAGAAAGGAAUAGUAAAUCACUCCAAUAUCUUUGCCAAGAAAACAUCAAAUGAGAUCAUAAAAUUUCAUACAUGACUAAAAGAUGACUGAGUAAUGAGAGCUCAUUUUCCUUGGCAGACAUUGAAUGGGUUCCUUUCACUAGAAGUUGAAGAAUCUUAUUAGUACUUAAAAGAACCAGAGGAGGCUUCUGAGCAGAAUACCUUCAUUUUACUCAUAAAGGAAAUUGAGACCAAGAUCAAUUGUGUAAUUUGUUGAAGGUUACUCAUGCUAUAUAUCUCUCUAUCUCUCUAUCUAUCUAUCUAGUAGCAUUGAAGUACUGGUUCUCUUACUCUUAGCUCAAAAUAUGUUGUCCUAUAACUCCAAAUUCAGUAUCCAUUGACCAUAUUGUGUGAAAGUUGAUGUCUUCUUCUUCUGUAUUAUUCUCUCAAUGACAUUUGGUUCUGAUUGCUAAGUGUAUUAUUAUGAAAAUUAUAUCCUAGGAUUUUUAGUCAUAUGAUGAUAGAAUAGUAAUUAUGAGAAAAUGGGUCUUUGUUGAAUGGAGACAUUUGAAAUCCUUAAAAGAACUUUACAAUCAGCCAAAGUCCAUUUGACCUACUCUUUUUCCUCCUCAAUUAUAUAUCCAAUUCAUUGUCAAUAAACAUCAGGGAAUUUGGACGUAAAAAUGUUUUCUCCUAAUUGCUAAAGGGUAUUCACUGUGAUGUAUAUUUCAGGCCUCAUUCAAAGGCAAGAGUUAUAAAUCAGAAUGGUACAUUCCCCAAAGAGGUCUUGAUUUAUGAAUGAAUGAUUUAGUUUUCCAAUCUUGUCAUAACUCAACUUGAACACAAGGAUGUUUUAAUAGAAAAUGUACCAUGCUUGGUAUUUGAGGUAAAGGCCCUGAUGUAGCAUUAAUAUAUAACAUUAUCUUCUAGGAAGAUGGGAACAUAAUUCAGUCUGACUGAUGAGUUUUCCAGCCCAGGAGUUGAUGGAGGGACUGGACAAUAAAGAUUCACAAUAAAAGAGACACUGAAAACUAUGAUCAAAAACUGAAAAAAGGCCUGUCUUGAAUGAAAUCUGACAGAAGAUGUUACAGCAGUUUUCUCUCUGGAAAUGGUUACCUUUUGGGAUUAUUCUUGGCACUCUCUUCCCAUUUGGCUCUGGCCAGCACGACGAUGACUGUAAGCUGGCACGAGGAGGCCCACCUGCAACAAUAGUGGCCAUAGAUGAAGAAAGUAAAAAUGGUACAAUCAUCGUGGACAACAUGCUCAUCAAAGGGACAGCUGGGGGACCCAAUCCUACCAUUGAACUCUCAUUAAAGGACAACACGGAUUACUGGGUGAUGUUGGAUCCAAUCAGACAGAUGCUCUUCUUAAAUAGCACCGGCAGAGUACUGGACAGAGAUCCUCCAAUGAAUAUCCAUUCCAUCGUGGUGAAAGUCCAGUGUGUUAACAAAAAAGUGGGUACUGUUAUUUACCAUGAAGUCCGAAUUGUGGUGAGAGACAGAAAUGACAACUCUCCUACUUUCAAGCAUGAGAGCUACUAUGCCACUGUGAAUGAGCUCACACCAGUAGGAACUACCAUAUUCACAGGGUUUUCUGGGGAUAAUGGAGCUACAGACAUAGAUGAUGGCCCCAAUGGACAGAUAGAAUAUGUCAUCCAGUACAAUCCAGAUGAUCCGACCUCCAAUGAUACCUUUGAGAUUCCUCUCACGUUGACUGGAACAGUUGUAUUGAGGAAGAGACUUAAUUAUGAAGAUAAGACCCGUUAUUAUGUCAUCGUUCAAGCUAAUGACAGAGCUCAAAAUCUUAAUGAACGGAGAACAAGUACUACCACACUUACGAUAGAUGUCCUUGAUGGAGAUGAUUUGGGACCAAUGUUUCUUCCUUGUGUCCUGGUGCCCAAUACUCGAGACUGCCGUCCUCUCACCUACCAAGCAGCCAUACCAGAACUGAGAACACCGGAAGAACUGAACCCCAUCAUUGUCACUCCCCCAAUCCAAGCCAUUGAUCAGGACCGGGACAUCCAGCCACCUUCUGAUCGCCCUGGGAUCCUCUUUUCCAUCCUUGUGGGGACUCCUGAAGAUUAUCCCCAGUAUUUCCAUAUGCAUCCAAGGACUGCAGAGCUCAGCCUCCUGCAGCCUGUAAACAGGGAUUUCUACCAGAAAUUUGAUUUGGUGAUUAAGGCAGAACAAGAUAAUGGUCAUCCUCUUCCUGCAUUUGCCAGCCUUCAUAUUGAAAUCUUGGAUGAAAACAACCAGAGCCCUUACUUCACAAUGCCCAGUUAUCAAGGCUAUAUCUUGGAGUCUGCCCCUGUUGGUUCAACCAUCUCAGACAGCCUCAACUUGACCACCCCUCUCAGAAUCGUUGUCUUGGACAAGGAUAUAGAAGAUACAAAAGACCCUGAAGUCCAUCUUUUUCUGAAUGACUACACCUCAGUCUUCACUGUGACUCCAUCUGGUAUAACACGCUACCUCACCUUGCUUCAGCCGGUGGACAGGGAAGAACAGCAGUAUUACACCUUCUCGCUAACUGCAUUUGAUGGUGUCCAAGAAAGCAGCCCUGUUACAGUCAACAUCAAGGUGAUUGAUGCGAAUGACAACACUCCAACCUUCCCUGCAAUCUCCUAUGAUGUUUAUGUUUACACAGACAUGAGUCCUGGGGACAGCGUCAUACAGCUCACCGCAGUAGAUGCAGACGAAGGGUCAAAUGGGGAGAUCACGUACAGCAUCCUCGUUGGGGAUCAAGGCGACUUCGUCAUCAAUAAAACCACAGGUCUCGUUACUAUCGCACCAGGAGUAGAAUUGACAGUGGGACGGACCUAUGCCCUCACUGUGCAAGCAGCUGACAAUGCCCCACCAGAAGAAAGAAGGGAUUCCAUUUGUACUGUCUAUAUUGAAGUACUUCCUCCAAAUAACCAGAGCCCUCCCCGAUUCCCACAGCUGAUGUACAGCCUUGAAGUAAGCGAAGCCAUGAGGAUUGGUGCAGUUUUGUUGAAUCUCCAGGCAACAGAUCGAGAGCAUGACCCAAUAACGUAUGCGAUUGAAAAAGGAGACCCUCAACGAGUUUUCAACCUUUCAGAAACCACUGGAAUUCUUACUUUGGGGAAAGCAUUGGACAGAGAAAGCACAGACCGCUACAUUUUGAUAGUCACUGCACAUGAUGGCAGACCAGAUGGGACUUCAACAGCUACUGUGAACAUUGUAGUGACAGAUGUAAAUGACAAUGCUCCAACUUUUGAUCCCUAUCUGCCAAGAAACUUAUCUGUGGUUGAAGAAGAAGCCAAUGCUUAUGUUGGACAAGUCAGGGCCACAGAUCCAGAUGCUGGCAUAAAUGGUCAGGUACAUUAUAGUCUUAGAAAUUUCAACAAUCUUUUUUGGAUCACUUCCAAUGGGACUAUUUACACAAGAGUCAAGCUCAACCGGGAAGUAAGAGACUACUAUGAGCUCGUUGUUGUGGCAACAGAUGGAGCUGUGCAUCCUCGGUAUUCUACUUUAACCCUGGCCAUAAGGGUCUUGGAUAUUGAUGACAAUAGCCCUGUUUUCACCAAUUCUACCUACACAGUUGUUGUUGAAGAAAAUCUCCCAGUGGGAACCACCUUCCUUCAAAUAGAGGCAACUGAUGUUGACCUUGGUGCCAUUGUUUCCUACCGAAUUCGAAGCCCAGAAGUGAAACAUUUAUUUGCCCUGCAUCCUUUCACAGGAGAAUUGUCUCUGUUGGAGAGUUUGGAUUAUGAGUCAUUUCCAGAGAAUGAAGCCUACAUCACUUUUCUUGUGGAGGCUUUUGAUAUUGGGGGAACCAUGCCCCCAGGCAUUGCCACUGUCACAGUGAUAGUAAAGGAUAUGAAUGAUUUUCCUCCUGUGUUUUCCAAGCCCCUCUACAAAGGGAUGGUCGCUCCAGAUGCAGUCAAGGGCACGCUGAUCACAACUGUUUUUGCUACAGAUGCUGAUCCUCCGGGGUUACCAGCAAGCCAUAUACGGUACCGAGUGGAAGAUAGACAAUACCCUUACCCAGCAAGCAUAUUUGACAUAGAAGAAGAUACAGGACGUGUCAUCACUAGAGUGAAUCUCAAUGAAGAACCAAGUACAAUAUUUAAGUUGGAGGUUGUUGCUUUUGAUGAUGGGGAACCUGUGAUGUCUGGAAGUGCUACAGUGAAAAUUCUCGUCUUGCAUCCUGGAGAAAUCCCACGUUUCACACAGGAAGAAUAUAGACCACCUCCAGUAAGCGAACUCGCACCCAUUGGGACUCCAGUUGGUGUUAUCACCGCAGCAGCCAUCAAUCAGAGUAUCGUAUAUUCUAUUGUUUCUGGAAAUGAAGACGAUCACUUUGGGAUUAACAAUGUUACAGGGGUGAUCUAUGUCAAGUCACUUCUUGACUAUGAAACAAAGACAAGCUAUGUGCUCCGAGUCCAGGCUGAUUCCUUGGAAGUGGUUCUGGCCAAUUUACGUGUUCCUUCCAAAAGCAACUCAGCCAAGGUGUAUAUUGAGGUUCAGGAUGAGAAUGAUCAUGCUCCGGUCUUUCAGAAAAAGUUGUACAUUGGAGGAGUGUCUGAAGAAGCCCUGAUGUUUUCCUCUGUGCUCAGAGUAAAGGCAACAGAUAAGGAUACUGGUAAUUAUAGUGCCAUGGCAUACAGACUUAUCAUUCCUCCAAUUAAAGAGGGAAAGGAAGGGUUUGUUGUGGAGACAUACACAGGUCUUAUAAAAACUGCUAUGCUGUUCAAAAAUAUGAGAAGGUCCUACUUCAAGUUCCAGGCUGUUGCAACGGAUGAUUAUGGGAAAGGGCUAAGUGGCAAAGCUGAUGUCCUGGUAUCCGUAGUCAAUCAAUUGGACAUGCAAGUCAUCGUUUCCAAUGUGCCUCCAACACUUGUGGAGCAGAACAUCGAAGAACUGACAGAGAUUUUGGAUCGCUAUGUGCAGGAGCAGAUUCCUGGUGCCAAAGUUGUGGUGGAAUCCAUUGGUGCCCGACGCUUUGGAGAAGCCUACUCUCAAGAAGACUAUACCAAGUCUGACCUGGUUGUCUAUGCGAUAGACCCCCAGACUAACAGAGCAAUCAGCAGAAAUGAACUUUUUAAAUUUCUAGAUGGAAAAAUGCUAGAUAUUAAUAAGGACUUCCAGCCAUAUUACGGUGAAGGAGGACGAAUUUUGGAAAUCCGCACACCGGAUGCAGUGGCAUUGGUUAAGAAACAUGGGCAAUCUUUUGGCUAUACAGAAGGAGCCCUGCUUGCUCUAGCCAUGAUUAUUAUCCUUUGUUGUAUUCCUGCUAUCUUGGUCGUAUUGGUCAGCUACAGACAGUUUAAAAUACGGCAAGAAGAAUGCACCAAGACAGCCAAGAUGCAGGCCUUGGCAGCGCCCAAGCCAGCAGCCCCAGCACCACCCCCGGCAGCAGCAGCACCUCCACCACCACCACCACCAGCUCCCCCAGGGGGUCCCCAUCUCUAUGAGGAGUUGGGUGGCAGUGCAAUGUAUGAGAUGCCCCAAUAUGGAAGCCGUCGCCGGCUACUGCCUCCUGCUGGUGAGGAGUAUGGAGAAGUGGCAGGUGAAGCAGAAGAAGAAUAUUAUCCAGAAGAGGAGGAAAGGAAGCCUAAAAAGCCCAUACCAGAAGUGAUAGAGCCUGGUGUGGAGGAGGUCCAGGUUGAGGUCCCUGUGAUCAUUGAGGGACCAACAGCAGCAGAGACUGCCCGUGUGGCAUGGAAGCGAGCUAAGAUAUUCCCCAUGAUCUAUAAGAAAGUCCGCGAGUUGGCAGGAGAGGAUGAAGAAUGGCGGAGGGAGCUUGGCUUAGAAGACAGAGAUUAUCUAACCCUGAGACUGGAGCCCGAUGAAGCUACAGAGAGCACUGUGGAAUCCGAGUCCAGUGAGGAAUCAAGCGAGUACAGCGACUACAGUGAUGAAUCUGAGUGGAGCACUUAUGAGAGCACAACUUCUGAAGAGGAGUCAGAAUCAGAGACCCCCUCAGAAGUAGUGGAAAGCUCUACCCCUGAGUCUGAGUCUGAAUCCACAGAAUCAGAAGGGGAGAAAGCAAGGAAGAACAUUGUGGUUGGCCGGAGGAUAAUUCCUCCAGAGGAAUUGAUCCCCAAACCCAAGAAACGCAGAAAGGAGUCAUCAGAAGAGGAAUCUGAAGAAGAGAAGAUGGAAGAAGCAGAACCAACUGAAGGAGAAGAAAGUGAGCUGGCUGUACCCGAAGAGAGUACAGAUGCAGAAGCUCAGGAACGAGCUGGUGAGGAAGGUAGUAAAAGAACUGGAUCGACAGAAGGAAGUAAGGCCAGCGGGGAAGAGUCAGAGUCCAGUGGUAGUAGGAGUAGUAGUGAAACCCAGAUGGGGGCUGAAGGCUACAUCACGCCCAAUCCUCCAGGGAAGCCAAGAAUACAGAGGGCUCCAGCAGCAGAAGCAGAGGGAGAAGAAGUCUCCCUGGCAGAGGGAGUAGAGGGCCCCCCAGCAGAGGGAGCGGAGGCCCCUCCAGCAAAAGGCAAAGACGCUGAAGGUUACAACACAGCACUGUAAACCAGAACAGUAGGUGGGGUUUGCGGUGAUAUGUGAUUGUGUGCUGUGUGCCCUGUGUGCCCUCUGAAGUGACUCUUGAAGGGCAGUGACAGUGAUCCUGAUCGCUUUUAAGACUAGAAGGACUAAAAAAAAAGAAAAAAAGAAAAAACCCAACAACACAAGUUGAUUGGUGUGGUGGGGGAUGAUAAUCAAUAAGCCAAAAUAUAUCUCUUAAGUGACCAGUAGGUCAUAAUUUUCCAAUGAGAAACCUACUUAAAAGCAUUGAUGCAUUAUCACUGAUGCCCAGCAUAUUGAAGGUGAUGGCAUAAUUAUGUUGGUAGCCAUAAUCUCACCUCUUCCAUUCUUGUGCAUGAUAUUAGGAGUGGAGACGAUAUUAUGGCUUUUUGUUCUUUUCACAGAAUUACUGUUUCCAAUGAACAAUUAUUAUUCAACAGGAUCUAGGAGAGAACCAUAUGUGUCCAAUUCCAAAAAUCAUCCAAUCAUCUAAAAUUGUCAAGAGCAUUUUCAGAAAGUACUUGGCAGUGACAUAAAUUGUGAGCCAUUUUUUAAGAAAGGGGAUAAGCUAUGUUCAGAAGACUGUCUCCUGCUUUGGGUAAAAAUCAGAGAUUUCUGAUCAUUGAUAUCAGGAUUAAUUUCCAUACUAAGUUGCACAGAGAAUAUAUAUUUUUCACUUAAAUUACAGAAUAGACUCCAAGCACCAAUACUUUGGAUUCAAAGUGAGGCCAACUUCAGAGUAAUCUGGAAGGUUCUUGUUUUCUGAAAAUGGCAUUAAGUUGUUUACUUUUUAAAUGGGUUCCAUGGUAGUGGACCCUUCUCACCUGUCUUUUACAAGGAUGGUCAGAUAUAGGUUGAUAGGCCUUAAUCUGUGGUUUAAUGGGCACAGGGAAACCCCAUGUAAAUUCCCUAUACCACUCCAGGUCAAUGUCUUCCCUACAAUUUAUAGUCUUGGAGAAUAGCCUAGAAUGUUCAUAUGGUGAGUGAUUCACCCAGAGCCACAGAGCUUUUAUGUGAAUUCAGCACUUCUUGACUCUGAGGUAAGCUCUCUAAGCACUAUGCCAAGGGGCAGCACCAGGGUCCAUUGCCA